GCCAGACCCAGUACCACUCGCGACCUCCCGCAGGCGGCGCCAGAGGGCAGUCCCACCUCGUGACUCCAGUCCAGAGUCCUGCCGGGCGUGGCGAGAGGCGGGCCCUGGGGUCUGGGCGUCGGAGCGCAGCGACAGUCUCGCCGCCUCGGGACACAUGGACGCACGGACGCACAGACGGACGGUGGGAACCCCCAAGACCAUGGCGGAGCGGGCGGGCCGCCGCUGUUGCCUGGGCUGGGACUUCAGCACGCAGCAGGUCAAAGUCGUUGCUGUUGAUGCAGAGCUGAACGUCUUCUAUGAGGACAGUGUGCAUUUUGACAGAGACCUUCCGGAAUUUGGAACUCAGGGCGGUGUCCAUGUACACAAGGACAGGCUGACGGUCACCUCUCCGGUCCUGAUGUGGGUCCAGGCUCUGGACCUGAUCCUGGAGAAGAUGAAGGCUUCCGGCUUUGACUUCUCUCAAGUUCUAGCCUUAUCUGGGGCAGGCCAGCAACACGGAAGCGUUUACUGGAAGACUGGAGCCAGCCUGGCGUUGUCAAGCCUGUCACCGGCUCUCCCGUUGCAUCAGCAGCUGCAGGCCUGCUUCUCCGUUAGUGACUGCCCGAUAUGGAUGGACUCCAGUACCACAGCCCAGUGCCACCAGCUGGAGGCUGCGGUGGGUGGGGCCCAGGCUCUCAGCUGCCUCACAGGGUCCCGGGCCUAUGAGCGAUUUACGGGGAACCAGAUCGCGAAGAUUUUCCAGAAGAACCCUGAGGCCUACUCGAACUCUGAGAGAAUUUCCUUGGUCAGUAGUUUUGCUGCUUCGCUCUUCCUGGGUGGGUACUCGCCCAUCGACUACAGUGAUGGGUCUGGAAUGAAUUUGUUGCAGAUCCAGGAAAAAGUCUGGUCCCAGGCUUGCCUGGAUGCCUGUGCCCCCCAUUUGAAGGAGAAGCUGGGCUCACCGGUCCCUUCCUGCUCUGUUGUGGGAGCCAUUUCUUCCUACUACGUUCAGCGCUAUGGAUUCCCUCCAGGAUGCAAAGUGGUGGCCUUCACUGGGGACAACCCAGCGUCGCUGGCCGGCAUGAGGCUGGAGGAAGGAGAUAUUGCGGUCAGCCUGGGCACCAGUGACACCCUAUUUCUCUGGCUCCAAAAGCCCAUGCCUGCCUUGGAAGGGCACAUCUUCUGCAACCCAGUGGAUGCACGGCAAUAUAUGGCGCUUCUGUGCUUUAAAAAUGGCUCCCUCAUGAGAGAGAAGAUUCGAGAUGAGUCUGCCUCCUGUUCCUGGAACAAGUUCUCUAAGGCCCUGCAGUCCACGGAGAUGGGGAACAAUGGAAACUUGGGUUUUUAUUUCGAUGUCAUGGAGAUCACCCCUGAGAUUAUCGGGCGCCAUAGGUUUAAUGCAGAUAACAUGGAGGUCUCGGCAUUCCCUGGAGAUGUGGAGACCCGAGCGCUGGUUGAAGGCCAGUUCAUGGCCAAGAGGAUUCAUGCAGAAGGCCUGGGCUACCGAGUCAUGCCCAAGACAAAGAUUCUGGCCACGGGAGGAGCCUCUCACAAUAAAGACAUCUUGCAGGUGCUUGCAGAUGUUUUUGGGGCCCCUGUGUAUGUCAUAGACACCACCAGUUCAGCCUGUGUUGGCUCCGCGUACCGAGCCUUUCACGGCCUUGCAGGAGGGACAAGUGUGGCCUUUUCAGAGGUGGUAAAAUCAGCACCACAGCCCAGCCUGGCUGCCACCCCCAACCCAGGAGCUUCCCAGGUUUAUGCAGCCCUUCUCCCUCGAUAUGCUGAACUGGAACAGAGAAUCUUGUCCAAAGCUCGGAGGCCUCUGGAAUGAAUUCUUCGGGCCCAGGCACUCUGCUGCCUCCCUGGUGGCACUCGCUCGCGCCUCCUUGGUCUGAACAGUUCGGCUGUGCUGAACCUGCGGAGUACUCCUGUCCUGUCUGGACCAUCCUGAAGCCAUGACUCCUUGGAGACAUGUGGCCUGCAUGUCCUGGGAUGGGAAAGCAAUGUCUCCUUUUCUGUUUUUCAUUCAGGAAAACAUGGUAGGGUUUGGCCACCAAAGACAAUCAUCUUCCCCUUUCACAGGGACCAAACAGCAGCACAGGGAGAGACUGUCUUUUCCCUGACUGACCACACCUCCCUCCUCACCUUCAGCCACCUCCCCUAUACCGGAACCGCAAUCCUCCAUCCUUCCCAGCAAACCAGACUAAGCCACUUCUCUCCUGCCUGUGACCAACCCUCCUGUUUCUGUGGGUGUCUUCCCAGGGCUCUCGUCUGUCUGUCUGUAUGUCUGUCUGUCUGUCUGUCUGUCUCCUUCAUCUUCCCUCCCUAUACGCACCUGGUAUAACUUCCCACUCAAGACGACCUUCAUGGACCUGGUGAAUAUCCUUCCUUCCCCUCCCCCAGCCCUGCACAGAGACUGCCUGACUGGGGUUUCCUGGGUGCCCUGGCUGGGCAUCUCCCAGGCUAAACACUUCCGGGUUCUUCCGUAUUUCAUUGUAGUUCAUAUGAUGACAAAAUUAUGUGUUUUGAGAAAUUUCUAAAUUCUGGCUUUCUUUUUUUUGGGGGGGGUGGGUUAGGGGUUAACUCCUGCUGCCCUCAAACUUUCUUUGCAGCGAAAAGUGACCUUAAACUUAAGCUUUCUUCCUGCCACCAUCUCCCAAGUAUGUGCCACCACACCUGGUUUAUGCCAUACCAGGGAUUGAACCCACGGCCUCACGUAUUCUAGGCAAACACUCUACCUGCUGAGCCGCACGCCCAGCCUGGGUUUCCUUUUUAACUGGCAUACUUUCACCUCUCACUUCCACGUAUCCUACUAUGCUUGAGCAGAGGCCGAGUCUUCCCUCUCUGCCCCUGCUUCACAUUUUUCUUGGUGGUGAUCUCACCCCCGCAUCACCCCCUGGAGGUUUCCUCUGCUACAAGGCCAUGCUGAACUCAGGACUCGACCACUGGAUCUGACACAGUGGCGAGAUGUUGCAGACAGGAGUGAGACCAGGGUCAGAGCAGUGACUGCUGGGAAAUCAAAAGACAGAGCUUAGAUGGAAAGAGACUUGUGUCUAGACAUGAGGUCGCUUGGAAGGCUCGGUGUGUGUGUGUGGGGGGGGAGAAGCAACCAUAACCAUCGUGCCCACAACAAACCCACAGUGCAGAAGGAAACGCCUCUGGGACAUUGAUUGUUACAGAGAUUUUAUACUGCAAAGGCAUCUGGGACCGCACAACAGUUAACCAGGACGACAUUCCAACAGAUCUUCCCUACAGUAAAUCAGACAAUUUUGGAUGAAAAAGGCCUCCGUAGGUGACAAGUGAAAAAACAAAUCCAAAUGGAAACUCGGCAAGUCCAUGUGAGAAGACACUGAACGGAAGGAUAGACCGUGACAGAUCUGGACAAUCUACAGCACAUCAAAGAGGAGGGAGGCGCCGAGGGAAGUUCAGGGAGGCACCAGAAAAGAAGGGAGGAGAAUAAAGACAAGAUCCCUGUUGAUAUUUAGAACUUCCCAAAAUAAACAAAAUUUUGAAAACACCUAAAA